AUGACCAAGUUCGGAUCAAAUGGAGCACGAAUAGUUCAUUCUGAAGAGUCCAGCGCGGCGAUGAACGAAGCCUGCCGCUGUCUCAGUUCUUUCGCCGACGCCUGUAACUUCACGUCUGUUAAUUACAUCUUACGUCGGAAGACUUGCCGUUCUGGAUGUCCAGAGAAAACCAAGUUUGGCUUUCAGGUCCUCUGCGUUGCCGAGUCAGGAAGACGACUACGAAAGCGAGUUCGGCCGAAUGAUCUACACAAUUUCUAUACUUCUGAUGUUCUCCUUUGUUAUCGUCCUGCUCAUGAUCAGAUCAAUAAAGAGCAGUUCGAGUAGGGUUGAGGUUUUGGAAGUCUUAUUCAGCCAGUCGAGGAGAAAAUUCAGAUGGAUACGCUUCUAGAUGCAAUGAGAUUCCGAGAAGAACUAGAUAUUCGUGAAAGACAACGGCGACGUCUGAUGAAGGCAAAAACGAAGGUUUGUUUGAUGAAUAUUACGUGAUCUCGAAAAUUUGAAUCUUCUGAGGAACGUUAUUUCAUGUAUUGGUUGCAGUUGUCUCCACCUACAAAAUUCUACUUUUUUAAAGAACAGCUGAGCGGAAAAAGCAAAUUUCUUAAAAACUAAAGUUUUGUGAGGGUUGAGAGUUUCGGAAACUUCACCUAAAACGUGAUGAAGAAUAUAUCCAAGAUUCAAGUAAACUUACCUCUUUCAUCAAAGUUCAAAUUUUGCUGUCAAACUCCGCAACUCUGAAAUAAUCUGCAGGUGACGGCCUGGCUAACCAGAACCCAAGGAGAGAAAGUCUGGAAAAGUCAACAAGCGACGAUGCCCCGGAAGCAGACCAGGUGAAGUUGACGCUUUCAUCUCACCUCGUCCGUGACUCCUUCAGCAUUUCCACAAUGUCCGACAUACCGGAGAUCGUGGUGACAGAAGACAUUUCUAACUUCCCGAGGUCCCGAACUCCAGCCUUAUCAUUGAUUUAUGAUUUUGCCGAAGGCUCAGAGGCCAGCAGGUUGAGCCCAAAGAAAUAUCCAGGAAUCAUACACACUUUCAGAGCAAAUUCAAGAAUGAACGACGGCCGAGGCUCGAUUUGCUCCUCCAAUAACGGCACCUUGAGUCGAAAUUCGUUCAGCAUCGAUCUCGAAGUCCCGCAAAUUUCUUACGACCAGCGCUCCUACAGUCAGAGUAUCGACUCCUGA